UUUUUGUACAACACUAAGAUCCUUAGCCACCUCCAUCACCAAUAAAGCAAGACACAACACAGCCACCCUUCACUCUCAAAGUUGAGCCAAUGGGUGUCCUUGAAUCUUCAAUAACCCUUUUUUCAAGCUCUCUAUGUAUUUCCCUCAUUUUUGUCCUCAUCAAGUUCCUUCACAAAGUAUGGUGGACUCCAAUCUCCAUACAACAUGUGAUGAGCUCACAGGGAAUCACAGGACCUCCUUAUAGAUUCAUCUAUGGAAACAGCAAGGAGAUCAUCAAGAUGAGAGCUGAAUCCAUGAGCAAGCCCAUGGAUUUAUCCCAUGACAUAUUUCCUAGAUUACAUCCUCAUAUCCACUCUUGGCUCAACUUAUUUGGGAAGAAUUUUCUUAGCUGGUAUGGUCCUAGAGCUCAGCUAGUUAUUACUGAGUCAGAGCUUGCCAAAGAAAUACUUAACAACAGAGAAAAAGCUUAUCAGAAAGUAGACACGGAAAAAUACUUAAAGAAGAUAUUUGGUGAUGGUCUUUUGACAUCUGAAGGAGAAAAGUGGGUGAAAUUACGAAAACUGGCCAAUCAUGCUUUCCGUGCGGAGAGUUUGAAAAAUAUGGUUCCGGCAAUGAUUGAGAGUGUUGAGAUGAUGCUAGAGAGAUGGAAAUAUCAUGAAGGCAAAGAGGUCGAGGUAUUUGAAGAGUUCAGGAUAUUAACAUCAGAAAUUAUUUCAAGAACAGCUUUUGGGAGCAAUUAUUUAGAAGGGAAAGAAAUAUUUGAAAUGUUGAUGAAGCUGGUUAUAAUAUUUUCUAGAAAUUCUUCAAACAUUAGGCUUCCUGGCCUCGGUAAAUUCUGGAAAAGUAGCGAUGACGUAGAAUCAGAAAAACUUGAACAAGGGAUACAAGAUUCUAUUAUAAAGAUGAUAAAUAAGAGAGAAAAGGCAAUGAUACAAAUAGGCAACUUUGGGACUGAUUUGCUUGGACUACUAGUGAAAGCUAAUAACGAUAUAGAUGAGAAUAAUAGGUUUACAGUAGAAGAAGUUGUUGAUGAAUGCAAGACUUUUUACAUUGCUGGACAUGAAACUACGACAACCUUGCUUUCAUGGACUGUUCUUUUUCUAGCAAUCCACGCAGAUUGGCAAGACAAAGCGAGAAAGGAGGUCCUUGAGCUUUUUGGCCAAAAACUUCCAAAUGCACAAGGCAUUGCACGAAUGAAAAUGAUGAACAUGAUCAUUAACGAGUCUUUAAGACUGUAUCCUCCUCUAACAAACUUCACAAGAAAAGUUCAUCGAAAAGUCAAAUUGGGAAAUCUAGUCCUUCCAGCCAACAUAAACUUGUCGAUUUCAACAUUUGCACUUCAUCGUGAUCCUCAAAUAUGGGGAGAAGAUGUGCAUCUCUUCAAACCGGAGAGAUUUUCAGGAGGAGUUGCUAAAGCUACCAACAACAACUCAUCGGUGUAUAUUCCCUUUGGUUUGGGAGCUCGAAGUUGCGUAGGGACGAACUUUGCAACUAAUGAAGCAAAGAUUGCUCUGUCGAUGAUCCUACAACGCUAUGCGUUCACUCUCUCUCCUGCAUAUAUUCACUCUCCUGUGCAACUUCUAACGAUUCGGCCACAACAUGGGAUUCAAGUAAUGCUUCAUGCUCUCUAGCUUGGACAAGAGUUGUUAACAAGAUGUGCAUUUGAAUAAUCAGACUUCGCAGAGAUAGCAUUUGAAUAAUGGCAAGCCGUGUGAAAAAAUAAGUAAUCUGUGAAGAAAGCAUAAUUAAUUUCGAAUGAACAAUGCUUAAUUCACACUCAAA